AUGUUGAAGCAAGACCUUACGUUACUAUACAGAUUGAGUUUUGUUAUUUACAAUCAACCAGAGGACCACAUCGCUGCUGCUUUCAACUACCAAUGCAUCUUGAAAGCCAUCAGCAUGGGAUAUGACUUGGAUGGUAUAAUUUUGAUAGUUGAAGAUGCUUUCAUCCAAAGUGAACUUAUUGAAGUACCGACUACAAACAACAAAAUCAGGUCAAUAGGUAUUUUAGGCAAUUUAAAAUUGAUGAAGCAGUGUUCGUCUCUUACUAAUUACUCUGAUACAGUGACGUGGAUUUGGUGGGGCAAGUACCGUAGAGGUUUGUGCCGCAUAUUUUGCGAUUGGAGCGAACUUGGCGAAACACAUCCUGAUUUGAAAUUAGCUCUUGAAAAUUACAAAAUGUAA